AUGGAAGAUGUUUCGAACUUCUCAGGAGUCUUUAGACGUACUUCUUCAGUAACUCGACGUCGAGUGUUAGUUACUCUUUUUGCUAUUCGAAACAGUACAAAGAGAAACGCCUCUGCACUUUCACUGCCUUCUAUCCUUACUACUAUAGAGUUUGUCAUGCCAGGGAAACCUGUACGUUUUUUGUUUGCAAGUGGAGGUAAUGCUACUGUUCUCCGUAGCCAAGAUAAAGGUUGCACAUGGCGGAUUGCAUAUAGAGCCAAGACAGGGAAUAAAGGUAAUGAAAAUCCUAAUGAGGAAAUUCCACCCACUGAGGGUACUGGUACUAUGGAAGAUAUAGCAAAACUAUUGCUACCAAAGGAAUCUGAAGAUGAAAAGAAUGAGGGUAUUGAAUUAUCAGCAAAUGAGUUAGAGACACAAAUUUCGCACAUCACAACACUUAAUAAUAUGGUUGCUAUGUGUGGAAGCGAUGGAUUUCUUGCAGUUUCCGCUGAUAGGGGUAUGAACUUUACUCCUUUGGAAAAAGAAAUGAUUCAUCCAUUUAUAAGAGAUAGAACUCAUUCAGCUAGUAGCUAUUGGCGAAUUGGUGGGUUGUCUUUUUUAUCAGAGGAUAAGCUUAUUUUCUUCUGUAAAAAACAACUGUUUUCAGUUAAUCUCACUUUUCAUCAGUUGAAUUCUGUGGGAUUUGUUAAUCUUAAUGUAAUUCAAGAGUUUUCAACUUCUAUUGGACUCAUAAAAACAUUUCCUCAGAUUUGUAACUCCAUACGAGAGUUGUUCGUAUCAACUAAAGGGUUACUGCAUUAUUCCUGUGAUGGGGGACAUUCUUUUGUUACAUUUCCACAUGAACUUGGUAUCCUUCGUGAUGUAUGGCCUUUGGAUAUGACUUGUAGACGUUGCGAAAUUCCACAAGUUCCAAAAAGUUUUAUUGACUCCUUAAUGUCAGUAAAUGUGGAACAAACCUCGAAUAUUAAUAUUAAUAAUAAUAAUAAUAAUAAUAAUAAUAAUAAUAAUAAUAAAAGUACUAGUAAACGGGAAAAAUACCUUUACAGGGCCAUUUCUUCUACUUUGCGUUGUGCCGAGGACAACAACAAUGUACACGACAUAGAAAGCUCUUAUGAUUCUUCAGUAAGGUCUGCUCUUCCUUAUAUUAUGGAUGAAGUCCGUUAUCGUGUACUUUUCGUUGCCGGGGUUGGAACCCCAAUAUUACCGUAUGACUGUACUGCUUUAUUAUUUAUUGCAGCCUCUUUAAAGAAUUCUGCUGGUUCUUAUAAUGCUAUUGGAUCUUUAGCUGAUAAUGUAGAAUACAUACCGUACAUAACAUCUGGAUCUAUGGAACAUAUUUCUAUAGCUGUUAAUCGACAACCUGGUUUGGGAUCAUGUUUAUUUGCGCGGUGUAACAGUUCAGGUGUUAGUACAUCAAGUAACAUGGGUGGGACUUGGUCAAUUCCUUCCCAGGCUUAUACGGUGGCUCUCUUGGCUGUAGAUGGGGGUGAAUUUAUUUGUUGCAACCGGCGAAAUCUUGUGAGUAUAGUCUCUGAGGGACAUAAUAAUGAAGUUUACACUGUGCCAGUUGGUCUGCGCGUUCCUUACUUAACGGAUGCUGCAGUAAUGCUAUGA